AUGUAUUUUGCUGCUACUAGAAGCUUCGUGAGCAGGCAGAUGAGGCCUUGGAAUCUACAGCUGCAAUAUAAUGGCGCAAGUAAACCGCGACUCUCAAAUUCAACAACAAAGUAUAUUUUUCAGCCUCUAAUGUCAAGUUCUCGCCAUGAAAAUCUCUAUAAAGCAUCUACCACAAAGAUUGGCUCCUUACAAUCUUUGCCGAAACCAUUUGUGUAUUCGCCGCCUAGAACUGAUACAUCUUCGAGCAUGUUCUACAUUAAUAGCGAGGUUGAAUGUCCACCUUAUUCUGUAACCACAGAAUGUCUGCCAACAGAAACAGAUAAUUGCUAUUUCGCGCGAGAAGGAAAAGAUGAGGAGAUAUCAAAAAAGAUAAAAGAACUUUUGGGAGAAACUAAAGACAAACCCGAGGUAAACUUGGAUGCGUAUAGCUUGGAGACUUUGAGGAGAAAAAUUAAAAGUGAAAAUCUGAAAGAUCCUGAUGUACCUCCAGGUUGGGAAAGGAAAAAAUGA